AUGAACGCGAACGAGAUCGAGACCCUGAUCAAGGAGGCGCUGCCCGACGCUCAGGUGGAGAUCCGGGAUUUGGCUGGCGACGGCGAUCACUAUGCGGCGAAUGUCGUCUCGGAAUCCUUCCGUGGCAAAAGCCGCGUGCAGCAGCAUCAGAUGGUUUAUGAAGCCUUGAAGGGCAACAUGGGUGGCGCCCUGCAUGCGCUUGCCCUGCAGACAAAGGCCCCUGACUGA